AUGUCUUUGCAACUGCGGGGGAAAUUUGAAAGUCUUAGAACUGUCAGAAAGGAAGUUAAUGCAGAUCUGAGAACAGACUUAUCUAUCUCAGAAUCCUUUUCAGCUGACUCAGAAGAAGGACAAGAAUCAUCACAUACAUCACAACAAUUUUUAACCAUAGCAGUAGAUUCUGUGAAUCCAAAGUGGGAGUUCAAAAAAGCUCGCCUACAAAGUGAGUCAUUCGUGCAAUACUCCUUAAUUUCCUUUGAAAUGUUUGGACGCCCAAGGUCACUGCUAUUGAAGUACAAAAUGGCUUCACACUGCAUUUCACAGUUUCGUCCACCACGGCCAAUAUGCUAUUUUGGGGAAGACCAGCAUGUAUUACCUGGGCUACAUGCCGCAGGUCUGCCCCCAUCCCCAGUGCUACAGUAGCAAUUAUAACUUUCAGGGGACUCUCUUUUGGAUCUUGUGCCAGAUUCUUAAAUAUGAUAUCCU